CGCUGAGCUCAUCUUAGAGACGGCCCCGGACUCUUCCGUUUUCGUCAGCCUGAGGCGUUUCGCUGCUGUCGACGCAGUGCUGAACCCACAACGGCAGGACAAAGAGUGACGUCCAGAGCCGGAGUCAUGGCGGCGACCGACCCGGGCUUGGCGGCCAUUGGGAGUUCCGCGCUGCCGCGGGAGAAAGAGGAGGGAGCCGGUAGGAGCCCAGAUGCGCAGCGUAACCCUGAGGGUUCCUCGUCGACUUCUGAGGCGCCAACGCCAGCCGCCGAACCCUCCAGCCCCAACGCCUCUGUCCCCGAAGUGAUUUCUCCGCCUCCCGCGGCUGCCUCCGCGGCCCAGGAGCUGCCCCUCGAGCCCACAUCCUCGGGGUCCGCGCAGCUUGCUGAGGCCGCUCUGCGUUCCCCGUCUGGCCCUGGCGGCUCCCGGCCUGGCCCGGAGACGUUCCGUCAGCGUUUCCGACAGUUCCGCUACCAGGACGCGGCGGGCCCGCGAGAGGCAUUCCGGCAGCUGCGGGAGCUCUCUCGCCAGUGGCUGCGACCCGACAUCCGCACGAAGGAGCAGAUCGUGGAGAUGCUGGUGCAAGAGCAGCUGCUCGCCAUCAUGCCUGAGGCGCUGCGGGCCCGGCGUCUUCGCCGGCGCACCGAUGUUCGCAUCACCGGCUGAGCUGCGGGCGGCGUGGUCCGGGUGCCCUCUGGAGUGGAAGGAGCCAUGAUCGGGCCCAGGGGCCUGAGCCUGGCUCCUCACUCCGCAUGAAUGAAAAACGAGCUUUGGCAGCUUGUGUAGUCUGUUGUCCUUCUGUUCGUUCUUUAUUGGGUUUAUUUUCCCGAGCGUAUUUCCAACCCUCUUUCUGGCUUGUGGCGAACCCAAGUUGGGAGCCCAUGAGAAUAAAGCUUUUGUUUCCUAAUCACUUGGC